AUGGUAUUUUUGAAGAAGGAUUCUCCUAAAGAAUUGGACGAACUCGGAGUAAGUUUACCGCGUUUACUUUUUGAAUAUUUUAGGUAUUUAAAUGGAGAUAUAUUAUACUUUUAUUGCUGUAAAAUUUGACUAAACUUCUUUAUUUCAAUGUUUAAGUAAAGUUUGAUUUUGAUGAUAAGGAUGAUUGUUUUCAGCAAGCUCGUGACAAAAAUGCCAAGGACCACGAGAAUCCGGCGUGGCAAGCCCAACAGAUGACGAAGCAACAACGUGAAAUGACGGGCGAGAAUGCAGCUGGAAUUGCUACGGUUCGUACUAGUUAUUACCCAAAUUACUUGAGAUUACCUCAGUUUUUGUGACAAGAUUCGGCACAGUACUAUUUUUGAGUGUUUGGUGCUGAAUUGAGUAUUUUUACUGUUUAUCUUUUAAAAUUUGUCAUAUUUUUAUCAUUUUACGGAUUUACCUUGUCACAUAUUGUGAUGUUAUCUUUUUAAAACUGGUACACGAUGCCUUUUAUACAUGGUACAUGAUUCUUUCUUUAAUGUAUGCAGAUAUAUCAUUGUACAUAUGUUGUAUUAUCUAUAUGUGCAGAAUAGUAUCUUAUGUAUAUCUAAUAUACUAUGUAUGAACUGUACGAUUACAUCUUGCCAUUCACGUUAUUGUGUGACACAUGGUAUCUUAAUAUUGCCCUAUCUGUCGUUACCUCUAUACAACGUUCAACGUAUCUUUUGCCAUGUAAGUCCAAGAAACGACCAAAUAUUUGAAUUUUGCACUAAAUUUGUAAAUAUUUAGGUAACAAUGCAAAAAGGGUCAAAUAUUAGGCGUUUCUUGGGCUUACUACGGAAUUCAAAUUUAAAAACUUUAAAAUUGACAAAAAUCAAAAUUAGGAAGUCUACUGUAUCAUUUUUGACAUUUCAUUAUAAUAUUUUAUAUUUUUAGUCGGAAGCUCCUCACUUUGGUCGUGACCACAUUGUGACAGCCGACCCCAAGCCACCCACCUUCCUAUCCACCCCCGCUGGUAUGGGCAGCAUGGCCGUUGGCGCGGCGGCCGUCAUAGCUUUGGCGAUGAGAUCGAUGCGAAAGUAA